GUCAUUGACAAUAAACGAGACUUGAAGUUCGCAUGAUACAUAGAUGGUGAUCCUGCCAUGUCACGACGAGAGUGUUUUGAAUGACCAAACAUUUGCAUAACAGAGAGAAGAAGACUGCCUAAUGUAUAGUCGAUUGUAUGGUGUUGUAUAUCCACAACCAAAAAUGAUAUAGAUUAAUUGUUCAGUUCAUGAUUGGGGGUUUGUUUCUGGUGCCUCCACGUGACCGACGUGGAUUUAAUCCCUAAAGCGACGCCCCACCGAGUGUAAACAAACUUGAGCCAUUUUCACAUCGUUCAGACCCCAACAGCCUUCGCGCACGAAGUUUACCAACGAACACAUACAAGCAUUCGGCGAACGAACUAAGAUCUUGAGCAAUCAUGCCGCCUUCUCACCACUACAGCCAAUCUCAAGCCCUCCCCCGCCACUCCAUGCUCCCUCCGUCUUCGACCGCCACCGGUCCUUCAUCGAUGUCCGCCGCUAAGACUCGGCAGUAUGCAAACCUGCAGGCUCAGUUGGAGCAGCUGAACGCCAACCUGGCUGACACGCAAAACCUGCUUCGUAUGACUUCCGUGCAGGCAGAGGAUAUGCGGUUCUUGGGCGGUUAUGUUGGAGCUUUAUUUAUGGGAUCGGCCAAGGUGUUGGGAGAGGAGGGUGUCAAGGGUAAUGCCGAUAAGAAGGAGAGUGAAUCGUGAUCGACCAGUACUUUGGUUUAGUGGGAUAUAUGUGUGAGUUUUCUCUUUUGAUUAUCGAACGUCAUUUAUCUCGUCCCCCCUCUAUCUACAUAUCCAUCCAUCCGAUUUCCACCUCUAUUCUAACUGCUAAUUGGUGUUUUGGAUAAG